AUGCAAUUACCGUUGUUGGUCCCUGCUCACAGUGAGGGCACCUCGGGCAGUCGGCGUUCUUGGCCAUCCACUCGCUCUACUACGCCCGGUGCUAGCGAGACUUCUGACUCCAAUCUGACUCACAGAUGCUGCAGGACCACCUGUGGUCACCAUUGCACCGGUCACUGCAUCUGUCACUGUCAAAUCAUACAGAAUGCAGAGCGUACUCAAGAUAAGAAGAAGCGCCAAGGCAAUAAUCAGGGCCAGAGGUCCCCCACUCAUUCUCCAACCCCAUCGGCCUCGUUCAGCACUAAGGUAACUACACCGCUGCCACAGUUACCCUUUGUGCAUUCGAUCCCCGGCUACCCGGUGAUGGCAUAUGGGCAGGAUCCUGUUCACGCCUAUAUCCACCCAGCUCAAGUCCGGGUAGCUCCAUCUCCGCCUCCGCCUCUACAACAGCCUGUUGAAACCGAGAGAGAGGCUCCUCCGGCAAUUUGUACCUGUCAGCACUGCCAGCAACAUGCGACUACUUCCGAAAAUGGAAAUCGGAUUAACCACUGCUGCUGCUAUCACUCAGAGGAAUGCCACAAUGAGCACACCGGCUAUUUCGAUGACGCUGUUUCUGAAGGCUCUAACGAUGCUGGGGCUGGGGCUGGAGCUGGAGCUGGAGCUGGAGCUAGGUCUGAGAGUUCAAUACUCUCAUGCCACUACUAUCAACCCUGGUAUCUCGCUGUCCCAUUUGGAACCCCCAUUGUAGAGUAG